UGGCCGAAAGCACAAAACUUGCCGCGCCUGUGUGAAAAUAGCUUUUAGAAUUUAGUCAGUUUCAUAUUGUGAUCUAUUGUCUUUCUCCGCAGAAGAGAAGAGCGGUUUUUCAGCUGAUCAUGGAGAACAUGAACAAUGCAGUGCUGCCAGAUGACCUCAAUGACCUCCUGAGGGAGUUCGACGAGGUGAUUGAAGACUUUGACAAAGGUGAAGUUUGUCAGUAUGAGCAGCACCUGGAGGAGCUGAAGAGAAGGACUCUCCCCAGUGUCUAUGACAGCGGCAUCGAUGAGCUAGAAAGUACCAGCACGUCUCCGGGGAGCAGUUUAAACUCCAGUGAGGAAGAUCUCAAUACGUCGGCCAGCAUUGCUAACUCCAAAGCUAAGCUCGGGGACACACAGGAGCUGGAGGAGUUCAUUGCGGAUCUGGAUAAAGUGCUAGAGGAGAUGUGAGAUGCUGUCUCUGGCCUGGAGUUUUGAGAAGAGGUUAUGGCAGAUCUGAGAUGUUUCUCACUGUUCCACCCCAUCCUUUCAUGUUCUACUCUGGAAGAGCAGGGUCUCAAAUUCAUACCCCAUGGGGCAAGGAUAAUACAGGCACACUUCCCAUCUGCAGAGCAACUGUCCAGCAACAAUGACAGACCUGAAGUGCAAAUCCAUCAUGCCUCAGAAUCCUGGCUGGUUUCCUUCUGCCUCAUUUGAUUGUUCCUCUUCAGACAAUCAGCAUAAAUAGCAAAUACUGAUUCAUCUCAGGGUGGGGCACCUGCGGGUUGGGAUUUUAUUUUUAGGUACUGGCAUUGGUGUGUUUCCUUCUGCAUUUGGUGGGCUACUAACCACAAAAACUUUCCACUUUCAAGGCAAAAUUUCUCCAGCUGUUACCCAUAGCACUCCUCCCGCCUCUUCCCAAUAUAUUGUCUCCCUGUCUCUGAGGGGAAGGGGUGGGGUGGAGUGUUCUGAGGAGAUAUCUUUACUCGAAGCAGAAUUCCAGGUGCUGGGAUUGUAAGCCACGGUAAGCUACCCAUGGAGUCCAGAGUCCCAUCUGUGAUGAGAAGGAAAGCAGGGUGAAGCCUUUUAUUUCCCAGCUCCAUCAGGGUCCUCUCUGAGAAAUUGUACAGUAUUUCCUGGGCCUGUGGACAACGGUUUUUCUCUGAAUGAACCUCCUGAAAUACUUUAACACUGCAGGGCUGUCUUUGGCAUCAGUGGUAGCUCUGCUGGCAAAUACCACCUGCAGCAAUUGGGGGGGCAGCUCCAUUUUAAAGUUGGCUAAGUGUCUGCUCAUGCUCUAAGCACCUUCCCUAAAGGUUUAAGAUGGGCUAGGCUAGCAAUUGAUUGCCAUUUAUUGUAGUUUAAGAGUAGAGGGAGACCCAUACUAACCCUCUGGAUCUCCACUAUAAGGUAUAAUGGGACUGUGCAAACCACCAGAGCUGAACAUCCCUCAACUUUGGAUUUGGGUCACAGCUCUACAGUUGACCACACUUAAUUUUGUGUUGAUCUAUAUUGACCAAAGGAGGCUGUUGAAGCCUAAUAAAUAACCUUUAAUAAUGAUGCCAAGCCAGAUCUUCAGCUGCCAUAAAUUGACAUCUCUCCAUUGACUUCCAUGAAGCAAUGUCAAAGUACCUCCAGGUGAGGAUCUGUGCAAUGAGGUCUCUCUUCAGGUUCAAGAAGAUAGUUAUUGCCUAAAUCAGGUUUUUCAACCAGUAGUCCAUGAACCCUUGGGGGUCCAUGAACUAUGAUUUCCAAAGGGGUCCACACCUCCAUUUGAAAUUUUUUAGGGAUCUGCAAAUGAAAAGAAGGUUGAAAACCACUGGCCUAAAUAAGCAGACAAUGGUUCUUACUUUCUCAUAAAUUCCCAGCUGUUUACUGGAUGUCUUCAGACCCUAAGUGCCUCUGCCAUGAAUGCUUGUAUUCUGUUGUACAUAUUGUAAAAUAAGGAUGAUUCUUAAAAUUUUUAUACAGACGUGCAUGUAUUUUAUGAAUAAAAGGAUUUUGUGGAGCCUUCACUCAGCGUGGAUUUGCUCUGUGAAUGCUGCCUCCAGGGCUUUCCCAUUCCUGGAGUCGCAGAGCUGUGCACUCAAGUAAUCUUGUAGUUAUAGGAUUGCACCUAACCCCAUGGACAAAAGAUCUGUGAUGAGAGCUGGGGCUAAGUGAUUCUCCCACAUGGGCUAUGUUUGACCCUUGGGUCACCCUGAGAAAUAUUGCA